CAGCGCCACGAAUAACCACGUCCUAAUAUUAAGCUCGACAGUCUGUGAACGUCAGACGUUGGCGCACGUGUCAAUCAGUGAACGCGCGCCUGCAAAAAAAAACGAACGUGUUUUAAAACCUCCAGAAAAGUGGCAGCGCGCAUUUGGCACGAUUGCGCUUGUAGAUGUGCACGACCUAUCUCAAGUAUCUACCUUGGCGCACUCUUUGUAUGCGCAUCAAUUGUAAACGCAAAUAUUACAAAUUACUAAAAAUAUUCUGAAACUUGCACCAGUCUGUAAUUUGCAAGCUUUUCGUACAAAGGAUCCUUUUAAGGAAUCAGGACAGUUUGAAAUUGGUAUCAUAGUGAGAAGCGGUGGAAGAGAACUUGUUUGCUGGCGUUCUCUAUUAAACUUCUCCAUAUAGUGUACAAGACUAUACUCCUUGUGGAAACUCCAAAAAUGCUCCCUGGUUUAGCCCGGUUUAGCGUUGCCUCACUCAUGACAGGCCAGCCUCAAGAUCAAGGACUAUUCAGUCCGUAUUCUCCUUCGUAUCCAGGGAUUCACUCAAUGGAUAAAGCACAAGUAUUUUCAACAGACUGCUACCGUAGACAAGAGUUCGGAGCACCACCACCAACACCUCCGAACAGUGGCCAACAGUUUUGGCCUAAUGGGUCGAGCGCUUGGUGUUCCCCACCAGGAAUGCAGUAUGGUGCUGCUUUAAACACGUACAACUCUAACCCAGGUAUGUUAGUUUAAAUUGUAGGUAGUUAGUUAGAGUGCACAGGGAAUUCACAAGCACAACAGAGAGUUAUUAUCAUGAGAUUGUUGACGAAUUGUGAUACGGCCGCUAUAAAAUUAUAGCUGAAUUCCUCACCUGCGAGAUUUCGUUCCUAUUACAAUGCGAUUAGUGAUUGCAUUGUACAUCCAUAUCGUACAUUGCAAAUUGUAAAUAUGGUUAGUGAAAAGCAUUUGUACUGUCUGCUAACCUGCCUGUAGCGACCUGUCGCAAUGAAUUGACGGCGGCUUUCAGUAUGACGCGCUAUCAUAUAAAAUACGUAGACUCCGUAUUCUGUGCGCUUGCCUUUCAGGCUUUACGUAAAAUUAUUACAAAAUCAAAGUCAUAAAAAAGAAUGUUGCUAAUAAAUCGCCACAUUUACAAAAUGAUUGACCGAAUUAUAAUGAAAUUCACCGGAGGCGAAAAAGGUCUCACUUAUCAGCAAGUUCUGUGACUAAACGACCAUCUGAAUGAGUUUACGUUGUUUAUCCUUAUCGCCAAUAUGCCACUAUUAUAUAGUCCAUCGCGGCUGAUAUCCGUAUAUAUUUGGCCUAUAUAUCAACUACUUAAGCGCCCGUUCCAUAGCCGAGAUAGUAUAAUUUAUUAGGUGCUUUUAACGAUGUUUAAACUAAACAAAUACUUCAAGGACGCAUAGCCACGCCACAUCAAAGAUCCGUCUUGUCAUAGUUACACACAUGAAGAUUAAUAUUGUCUAUCGUUUCUGAAGAAGAUGCCUUAUGCCUUGAUUGCAGUUAUGCUCAAUUGUUGUUCAUACAUAUGCGCAAGCCAGGGAAACCGAAUGAAUAAAUGCGCGCCACUGAUCUUUACAUCAUUUGCGUCCGCUGAGCGCACCCUUGCGCGCUUUGAAUGAGUCGGUUUAUUAAUGCAAUUAGGAAACGUUUAAAAGAAAACUUUUAUGAAGGAGCAACUGAAAUAUGUGCUAAUUGAUCAUUGAACGUCGUUUAGCAUGUUGUUACAGCUAGUUGAGUUGUUUAUGACUACAAUUUAGGCGCAUUGUCUUGCCAAUCAUUCUUAUAAGAAGCAGCUAAACUGAAGUGCGCGUGUUUGGAGUAUGGCAGUUUCUAACUGCCCGAUGCUGGGGUAUUCAGUACGACCGCGCGCUUUAGUUCAAAGAGUCGGAGACGUAGGACGCAGUGAGUCACUACAAGGAUCCUUCUUACGAUGAGUAUGAAUAAGUUCUGUCACGGAGUGUGGGUAUUUUAAUACUAGACAGCAGUAUUACAGGAGUAUUUGGGAACAGACUGUCUCUGUUUGUGAAAUGGUACUAAUCAAGUAUCUAUAAUGACCGUGCUGAGUAAAUUAGGCGAGCAGAACAGAAGGAAUAAAGAUUAGGUAACUGGUUAUAAGAAUAUGGGAUCGAAUUCUUGUUCGAUAACAGCAACAAUAUAAUAAGCAAGGUUAACUAUAAGGAAACAAAUUGUAGUGUAAAGAUAUAUCAACCUACGAUACACCGUGGAAUCAGCCGUUAAUCAUGCAUUUUGGACAUUUUGCGUACAUGCGCGCAAUGGCCACUGGCACUGUUGGCAACUGACCGAGAAUGGCGACGGUAUUUAGCCUUAUUUUUGUCGUCAUUCAGUCUCUGUUUUGAAAACUAAAGUACUAAACGCAUACUCUAAUGGUUAUUUAAAGUAAAGAAGAGAGUAAAAGAAUGACAGUCUAGCUGGUUAUAGUCACUCAGGUCGUGGAUAAAAAAUAGACCGGCUUAAUCUGAAAAAAUCAAACUUAAUUACCGGCAGCUAUACCUGUAUAAUUCAUUCAGUAUAUUUAUCGCAAUUUAUUCAAAUAUAUUUAGUGACAUCUUUUUCAACUCAGUUUCUUGAAUACUUCAUGUGAGCACAACUGCGUUAUUUUCAAAUAAAUACGUUUUACAAAAUUCGCAAUUCAAUAAGGAUAUACACGGAAUGGUUUUCAUUUUAUCCUGACUGUAUUAAUGUUGCCAUGACACAAUAUUGUUCGUUGAGCGCCGCGUCACUGACAUGCAUGAUUUAAUCCAUGCACACAUUUCAUGGUCUUAUAUAAAUAUAGUUAUGUGAUGUACAAAGUAAAAUAUAUAGUCAUUGCACGCAUUGUUCAUGAUGUAAAACAUUUAUCAUUAGUUGGAAUGUAAUAAUCUGACAUGUUUUAAUGGUAGUUUGACGAUUUUUAGUCCUGCCGAAGUAUCAAGCAGGUCCAUUUAGUAGCAAUGGGUUGCACUAUUUCCGCUACUAAGUGCUAAGAUUGGAUUAAACGAGGAUGAAAGUGAAGGUCGACACGAUCACUUAUGAAUGCCUUCUGGCCCUUCUCCACAUCAAAGAUGACUAAUUAAUUUCUUAAGAUUCAAACAUGUUUAACAAAAUUAUGUGCGCAUAAGUAAGUCAAUCGGCUCGUUUCAAAUUCUCGUUAAAUACUUUUGUUUAUGUUGGGCUUGAAAUAUUUUCUGUUCCCACUCAUUUCUGUCACCUCUUUGGCACUGUGCCGUCUUUCGUUAUCUUUUGCUUCUUAAUUCUCAGUGAUCCUCUUAACGUUGCUUUCGUCCGGGACGCUCCUACAGACAAUUAAAAUUGUCUGACGUAUACAUAUAAGGCCAUAUCAUUUAUAGUCCAUGCAAAUAUGGAUUUAUAUUAUAUGUAUAUACACUAUUGGCGCCUAAAACUGUCGCAUAUACAAUCUGUUUACAACUUGAAUUGUACUGUGUAAAUCAAGCACACAACUCGUCUAACGUUGUCGCAGGUGAGUUGUUCAAGAGCCGCAAAAAAUUUUCUUCAACUUGCAACACAAACUGAUUUCAUUGCAUGUUAGUUAUUAAACAGUGUUGACGCAUGCAUGCAUGCUGUAUCGAAAAGUGUAACUUUGCAAAUUGUAACUUUGUAAAUAACACAUCGUCGAUACAUUGGAAGCAGCUAUAUAUGCCUACAAGGCAAAACAAGAUGAAAUAUUUCUUAAUGUAAUUGCAUGUGUUCACAGUCUAAGCGUGUUCGUGAUUUUGUUGGUGAUACAUUCGUUGCCUGCGCAAAUCUGAUAUUUUUAGACUCGCAUGAUGGAAUUGGAUUGUGGUAAACACGCAAUCUAUACUACUGAUAAAUACAUUAAGUAAUCUUUUAACAUAAAACGCACCAAGGUCUGCCUUGAUUAAAGCACAGUUUAAAGCUGGUUCAAAUAUUGAUAAGAGUGGAUGAGGGCCUUGGUUACACGUGUUGCUUGAUAUUGUGCAGAGGCUGUCCCAGUUAAGCGUUUUUCAUAUGUGCGUACACGCAUGGAAAAAUUUAAAUCCAUUUGCAAGUUUGAAAAUGACUAGUCAUCAAAAUGAAUAAAAGGACAUGUGUAUGAUUUAAUGUGUAUUUGUUGAGGGUAAUUAGUAUUUAUAUAAAAUUUAGAAAGCCUAUUUACACUUAUCCGUGCUUAUGCAUACGAAUGACAUGCAUACGAAUGAAAAACGUUCUGAUUGAUAUAGGGAUGCAACUACCUGAAAAUAUUUGAAGUUCUCCUUGUAUUUUUCAGGUAGUGGCAUCCCUAUCAAUCCGAAGCUUCUAGUAUUAUUGGCGCUACCUAGACUGGCACAGACAGUUCACUGAGAUUACCUUAGCUUAGUUUGACUGUCUAUAGUUAUAGAAAAAUAAACCCGCCUUACCACUUCCUAAGAACAGGUUCAACAAUCCUCCCUGACAAGAAGGCAACGGUAAUAAUACAUUAGAAUUAAAUUCAAGGCUCUGUUUUGCGCAGUAGUGUUUAAUUCUGGUCAACCCUGCAUAUAUAGGAUGACAUCUCACAUCUGUUCUAUAAUCUCAGUUGGUCUGUUUAAUUUCGUGAUUUCGAUAGUGAUAUAUGCACUUCUGCGCAAAUCUGAUAUUUUUAGAUAAUUUGCUUGACUGGCUUGAAUUAAAUAGAAUUAGGAAUUGAAACAUGCAAUCCACUGAUAAAUAGAUCAGAAUCCGUUUUUUAAGUUGCUGACUGUCUAACAGUCUAAGUCGGAUUAACAUUUGAUAACAACGAAAUGCAGUUUUGACUCAGGAAUAUUAAUCGCAAAUUCAUCGUUAUAUAGGCCAAAAGGUUCAAAUAACGUAUCAGUUGACAAGAACAGACAAGUGAAAGUAAAAUAAAAUAUUUCUUUAAGAAUAAUAUUAAAAUUGAACUCGGGGUCUUUGUUUAGUAUUUCGCGCAGUAACAAUUAUAACCAUGCCCUACAUCUCCGCGCUUGUUUUGUUUGACGAGAGUUGAAACAACUCCAUUCUCCGAAAGCUUAUCAGUCUAAUGACUCGGUCUUGAAUUCUUGUUUGUAUUGGGACCUUGUUAAGAAAACAUGAGUUUCCCAUUUGUUUAAUUUUAGCCUAUACGAAAUGUUUAAUAUACGGGUGGGCAAAUUAUAUACUAAUAUAAGCGCCAUUGGUUCAGUAUCGCUUUACAUAAAGCUGUGAUAACAGACACUUGCUGGUUAAGUGUAGAUAAGGAUUUGAUUAGCCUGAACGUCUGAGUUUUGUAUGGUCUAUUAAAAAACCAUAUUACUUGCGAAAAUUUUCCUUUGCUCAGAACAGAAAUUCUCGUUUAUUUUCAUAAAAUUUGUUUCCGGGCUUUGGUACGUCAGAAUCUAUACCUACAGGAUAGCGUUUUGAAAAUAGCUUUAAUUUGCUUCAUUAAGAAUAAUAUAAACUGUGAAACGGUUGGUGUUGAGUGAUCGAGCGAGCUGUCAGUAAAAAUUCAAGACCGAUUGCCGUUGUUUUUAUAAGUAUACCAAAUGAAAUACUUCUAUAUUGUUGGAACACUAUUACUGAGAUGAUGGUGCAUAUGAGCAAUGGAUAUGAAUUUGUUUUUGCUGUUGCUGUUGCUUGGAACACGCGGUCUAUAUGGCGCAUGUAAGUUCACAUGGUUUUGCGUCUGUGAUUUAUUGGUUUGCGAAUUAAUAUUGGCGUUAUCAGGCAGAACAUCAAAUAAUCUUGUGUCUAGCUAUAUUUACGUAGCAAUUCUUUUGGGGUUAUUACAUUCUUUGUAAGAGUUUGAUAAAUAAAAGCCACACAUGGCAGGAUCCGUCAACAUUGAGCACUCUGUGAACGCGACAAACAGUCAAGAUUAGAAUGGCAUUCUUCAACUUUAAUAAGCUUACGUCUACAUGACUCAAUGUACCGUGAGAAAGUGAGAUCAUAUUAACAUACACUACUUUGUCAUCACUUUUUAACCACAGCCAAAUCUAAUGUACAACCGUGGACAACUUUAGGUAUGUUUCAUUAAAAAAUAAACAAAUACAGACUUAAUAAGUUCUUUGAAUGUUUGCAUGGCGAUAAAAUAUAAUUGUUUUUGUUUGUGGAAACACCACGUAAAUUUACGUGGUGUUUCCACAAACAAAAACAAUUAAAUACAGACUUAGUUUGUACAUUUUAAAUACAGUUAACUAAAAGGCAUAAAGUUGUUUUAUCGGCUAAAUGCGUUGUGAAUUUGCAUAUAAUGCGAUACCUAUACAUAUAAGGAAUGAAUACGUAUAUAGAAUUGGUGGGUUGUUCAAUGGUUCAUGUUCAGAAAUGUUGACACGUUUAGGAGGAAGCAAAUUAUCUAAAACAAAUUAUCUAAAGUACUAAAUCUCUUUUAUAUAUUUGUCUCCUAUUUUGUUGACAUUCUUUUCUCACUUUGAUACCCAGCAAUUAGUUUAGUUUGCUGUCAACGAAAUGUCCUGACGCCUAUAUCAUCUUAUGCAUGGUUUUUUAUCAGUAUUGUAAUUCAUUAACAAUUCAUGAUAAAAAACCCCACUAUUUUCUCACUUCUUCCGGUGGACCACCGUCUUCUCUGUGCACGAUGGUAUCAUGGUAGUCAGGGCCGUAGCGACCAGGAGGUGUAACACCCCCAAAAUUUGUUCAUGAGUAAUUUCAGAUAAAUUUCUAUUAAUCUGACAUUCCAAAAUUAUGUCAUUGCAAACAAAGAAUUUUUUCGGUCGUUUGCAUGUACGGGAUAUUUUUUUGUAGAAUUUUAAAGGUAUUUUAUUUGUCUUCGAUUUCCUUGUGCCCUCCCCUAACCCACCCACCGAACCCCCUCCUGACGAGUUAUAUUAAUAAUUAUUAUAAUUAACGCAUAGAUCUUGUUUCCAAAUCAAUUUAGCAACAGCCUAUCCUUGUGGCAACUAUUUCUUCUCCGACUAUAAUGUCGAUAGGGAUGACAAGGACAAUAAAAAGAAAAGAACGCGCACGGCAUUCUCCACGGAUCAGAUCAAAAGUCUUGAAAAAAGAUUCGUGUCAAAUCAUUACGUAGUCGGGGCAGAACGACAGAAACUCGCCAACGAAUUGGAAUUAUCUGAAGCCCAAGUCAAGGUAAAAUUGAGUAACGUGACAACUGUAGAAAAAUCUUGGGUUGUCAACCAUAAAAUUACUUUCCUGUAAAUCUGAAAUUUACUUUUCCAUUAUUUUAGGUGUGGUUUCAAAAUCGCAGAACGAAAUACAAAAAAGAGAAAGAACUUGAAAAGUUGGGUAAACGUCGAAUGAAAAGAAAGGGUGAACAUCACAUUAGAAAAUGGCAAAUAUUAACGAAACAUUUCGGGCCAGAUACGGAAGAAUUAUUUUCUGAUCCAUGACGGACAUGACGUGCACUCUUUGAUGAAGAAUGUAUGGAAUGGAAUGGAAUAGAAUCGAGUCAAAAGGCCUGAAUCUGUUCGCCAUUCUAAACUUACCUUAACGAACGUGGCAUAUUUUGUAUUCAGUCGGAGACGUAGAGUAGAACUAACGCUAUUGACACAACGGAGCACGCUACGUUUCGAUAUGCGGUUGAUAUCCGUCGAUUCUGCAGCUCCGUGCAGAAGCCAACCUUUUUUCCACCUCGUACGUUUAGUCCUGGGUGCUUGCUCGCAGCCUGAAUCGAAAUUUCGAAAGGGACUGGCUAGGUAGUGCUAGACUGCGCUGCUGAUGACUAUGAUGAGGGCGUUAUAGCCAUCUGCCUGUCUCGACCCCAGACGUGGCGUACAGACGCACAGGGAGCAAUCAAUCGCUUACGUUGUCGUGUGUGAGUUGUGUGCUUGAUUUACACAGUACAACUCAAGUUGUAAGCAGGUUGCAAGCGACAGUUUUAGGCGCAAGUUGUGUACUGUAAAUCAGUCUUUAAGGUCCCGUUUACACUGUACCAGAUUCGCUGGUCACGACAUCAAGUUUUAACAGUCGAUGAAAUAACCUAAACAUUUACAAUGGUAGUAAUUAACAAGCAGAAACAUACGGAAGUUAUCGAAAGAUUACUAAACCUUUGUGGUUAAACGUUGCUCCUGGGCAGCAAACAAAGAUGUCGUGACCAGCGAAUCCAGUAAAGUGAACACGGGGUCAAAACGUCUCCGGAAUAGUUCAUGUAAACAUUUUAUAUAGCGUCUGGGGUCGAGGGCAGGUCGUCUACUGCGCAGGCUAAGUUGUAGUUGCCAGCAAUCGUUUAUCCACGCCACAGUCGUCACCAGCUUUGUUGGAGGUAUGGUGAAUCUAAAUUUUAAUUAAAUGUAGUGUAAAUAAUAAAUAAGCAGCGUGUACAUAAAUAAAUUAAAAACAUGUC